AUGGAUCCAGAGAAUCAGACAAUGGUGACUGAGUUUCAUUUCUCUGAUUUUCCUCAAUCUAAGAAUGGCAGCCUCUUAUUCUUCGUUCCUAUGCUCUUUAUAUUCAUUAUUGUUGGAAAUUUCAUGAUUUUCUUUGCUGUCCAACUGGACCCCCAUCUCCAUAAUCCUAUGUACAAUUUUAUCAGUGCCUUCUCCUUCCUGGAGAUUUGGUACACCACCGUGACUAUCCCCAAGAUGCUCUCCAACCUUCUCAGUGAACAGAAAACCAUCUCUUUCAUAGGCUGCCUCCUGCAGAUAUAUUUCUUCCACUCACUCGGGGUCACAGAAGCCCUAGUCCUCACAGUGAUGGCCAUUGACAGGUAUGUAGCCAUCUGCAACCCCCUUCGCUAUGCAAUCAUUAUGACCCCUCGACUGUGCAUCCAGCUCUUCACUAGCUCUUGCAUUUUGGGCUUCUUCAUGUUAUUGCCAGAGAUUGUGUGGAUUUGUACUCUUCCAUUCUGUGGCUCCAACCAAAUUCAUCAACUCUUUUGUGACUUUGAACCUGUGCUGCAGUUGGCCUGCACAGAUACAUCCAUAAUUCUGGUUGAAGAUGUGAUCCAUGCUAUUUCCAUUCUGACUUCUGUCUCUGUCAUCACCCUUUCCUUUUUAAGAAUCAUCACGGUGAUCCUGAGGAUUCCCUCUGGUGAGAGCCAUCAGAAGGCUUUCUCCACGUGUACAGCCCAUGUUGCUAUUUUCUUACUGUUUUUUGGCAGUGUGGCACUCAUGUAUCUGCGCUUCUCUGUCACGUUCCCACCACUACUGGACAAGGCCAUUGCACUGAUGUUUGCUGUCCUUGCCCCACUUUUCAACCCAAUAAUCUAUAGUCUGAGGAACAAAGAUAUGAAAAAUGCCAUCAAGAAAAUCCUCUGUUCUCAAAAGAUGUUCGAUGCCUCUAGGAGCUAA